CGUCUUCUCGUCUAAGCUGAUGGGAAGGGGCAGCAGUUAUUUUCCAACCUUUUGGGUGCUCCUUGUGCAACACAGAGCAGCCCUGCCCGACUGAGCGGGUCCCUCACAGCCCCAGCCAAGGACCGAGCGGGGGAACUUGCUUGGCCUUAGGGUCACUCCCAGCUCCUCUUGGUUGGCACAUGACCAACUGUGACUUUUUUCAUGGACAGCCCCCUUGAUCUUAAAACUUGCUUGACCAGUAUCAUUUGUACUUGGGGUAGGAGAAGGAUAACGGAGUUAGUCCAGCCCUGCCGGCGCCCUGCCUUUUCUACCCUGAGGGGUGGGAGUGAGGCAAUGUGGCUGUCGCCUGUGGAGACCCUGCCCCUCCAGCCUUCUCUGCCCCGCCCCCCGGGCCAGGCCACGCCCCCAGUAGGCCCCUCCCAUGCCGCGCGGCCUGGCCGGGUCUUCUCCUCUGACCCGGUUAGCCGGAGCCCUGGGAGUGGAGGGCGAGGUGACGUGAGUGCCACCGCCUAGCCCGAGGACUUCGUGCGCUCCGAGGAGCGGGUCCAACCCAACGCCGACGAGCCAUUGAGGUCCCCGCCGGGGUGCUGUCAGUAGUCCUUCCCCGGUCAAGAGCUGCUGGGGUUCGAUGGUCAUGGGGGAAUCCAGUAAAGAGGAGUAUAAAAUCCAGUCCUUUGAUGCAGAGACCCAGCAGCUACUGAAGACAGCACUCAAAGACCCAGGUGCUGUGGACCUGGAGAAAGUGGCCAACGUGAUUGUGGACCAUUCUCUGCAGGACUGUGUGUUCAGCAAGGAAGCAGGACGCAUGUGCUACGCCAUCAUUCAGGCAGAGAGCAAGCAGGCAGGCCAGAGUGUCUUCCGGCGUGGACUCCUCAACCGGCUGCAGCAGGAGUAUCAGGCUCGGGAGCAGCUGCGAGCCCGCUCCCUGCAAGGCUGGGUCUGCUAUGUUACCUUCAUCUGCAACAUCUUUGACUACCUGAGGGUGAACAACAUGCCCAUGAUGGCCCUGGUGAACCCCGUCUAUGACUGCCUCUUCCGGCUGGCCCAGCCCGACAGUCUGAACAAGGAGGAGGAGGUGGACUGCUUGGUGCUGCAGCUGCACCGGGUCGGGGAGCAGCUGGAGAAGAUGAACGGGCAGCGCAUGGAUGCACUCUUUGUCCUAAUCCGGGAUGGCUUCUUGCUCCCAACUGGCCUCAGCUCCCUGGCCCAGCUGCUGCUGCUGGAGCUCAUUGAGUUCCGGGCAGCCGGCUGGAAGACCACCCCGGCUGCCCACAAGUAUUACUACAGUGAGGUCUCCGACGAGGCCUCCAGCUUGGGGGCUCCUCACCAGCAGCACCAGCCUCUGUUUUCCCAGCCUCCCUGAAGACUUUGUCCCUUCCAGACUUCUGUCAUCUUCUGAGGUGUCUCCCACUUACACUACGGUCCUGCCCUGGGCACUUUCCCUCCCCACUCAGAAGUUGGGGAAGACACCCAGCACACCUGAUCUCCCAGGCUCAAGACUGCUGAGUGUUGUCUCCCCUGCCCCUUAGCCUCUCUCUCCCUUCCACCUGGACCCUUUGGGCCAGGCAAAGAAGGGCAACUCCCAAUAACCACUGCACUAUGUAACCAUUGGUGCAAUAGCUACUAUGGUGCCU